UCCCUUUACGAUGCAUAAUUGGAAAAUCGUUCGAUGCAUUGGCAAGAGCUCUGGUUCUUCAGAAUACCAUUGAGCAGGGACUAUGCAGGUUUAGCACAACAGCAGUAGCACACCAGCUCCAGAGGCUAUCAAGGCUACGAGUUGUAGAUAACAGUGCGCUGGGCAGACAAGCAAUGUUGGAUGGGAAGCCACCGAGAGUAAUUCAUGUCUACAACAAGAAGCAUCUUGCAGGCAUUGGUGACAAAGUUCUCCUUGCGAUUAAGGGCCAAAAGAAGCAGGGCUAUGUGGUAGGAUGCAAGCACAAGAAGCAAGAACCGUUACGGCCACGAUUUGACACGAAUAAUGUGAUUCUGUUGGAUGACUUGGGCAAUCCACUGGGCACACGCAUCCUUGUGCCCCUGCCGUCGAUGCUCAGGGCGGACAAAGCUCGUUUUUCAAAGGUGCUUGCACUUUGCUCACGCUUUGUCUAAUAAAUUAGGAAAGGUAUUGUAAUACAGUGAAGAUUACCAGUCUUUUCUAUACUGGGCAAUAAAGUCUGGCAUGCAGAAGUGCGAUAUGUGCACUACGCACUUGGGACUUCGUUUUACUAUGAGUAUGAGUUUACUAUGAGUUUUUACGUUUCAAGUAGGCAAUAAAUUGUUUUUCCAACGCA